UUAUUUUGAUUUUUUUCCUAACCGGAAAUGAUUAACUGCGUAGCCCAAGCGGACGGCUCGGUUGUGAUUCUGUCGGAUUUUUGCUGAACGUGGCAGAUAUUAACGGCGAGUAUUUCACGUCAACGAAUCCCACGGGGAUCAUAAUUCAAAACCCGCUUCAAGUUCGCUCGUUUUGUUCGAUAUGAGCCUUGUCGCGUCAUGCUAAAAAAUUAGCCACGCGGUUUGUGACGAGGGAUGCUAAGAACUCGCGCUGACGCGUUCGACUUUGAGGACACGGCGGGUUCUUUCGUGUCGGUCCAUGGCUGAGUCUGGCGCCCUCAGGUGUGAUCCAGUCGACCUGCCGGAGCGCGGUUGGUUCCCCGGACCCCCGCCGCCCAUUUACACCUGCACCCUGACCCCCGAGCUGGUGGCCAAGGCGCGCGAGGAGCUCCAGGAGAAACCCGAAUGGCGUCUCCGGGAUGUACAAGCCCUGCGAGACAUGAUACUCAAGGAGCACCCCAAUCUCAGGACCAGACUCGACGACUCCUUCCUCCUGCGCUUCUUGCGGGCCAGGAAGUUCGACUACGACCGAGCCCUGCAGCUCUUGAUCAAUUACCACGCGGGACGUAAGGCUUGGCCCGAGGUCUUUCAGGACCUGAAGCCAUCUACGGUCAAGCACGUGCUCGACUUGGGCUUUCUCACAGUCCUGCCCCGACCGGACCCGAACGGGAGGUACAUCCUCUGUCUCCGGCCAGGAAAAUGGAAAGCAAACGAUUACCCGUUUGUCGACAAUGUGAGGGCCAUGUACCUGACGCUGGAGAAGCUGAUCCAACCGGAGGAGACGCAAGUGAACGGGAUCGUGAUCCUGGCUGACUACACCGGCGUUGGCAUGUCACAGGCGUCCAAUCCGGGCCCUUUCCUCGCCAAAAAGGUUGUCAGCAUUCUUCAGGAUGGCUUCCCCAUCAGAAUCAAGGCCGUGAACAUAAUCAAUGAGCCGAGGAUUUUCAAAGGCAUCUUUGCUGUCAUUAAACCUUUCCUGAAGGAGAAGAUGGCGCAGAGGUAUACGCUCCACAGUUCGGACCUGCGCUCCUUGCACAGGAACAUUCCGCGCUCCGUCCUGCCGGAGGAGUACGGCGGCACGGCCGUGCAACUGGACACGCGCGCCUGGUCCAGAUUGCUGCUGGACUCCGAGGAAGACUUCAUAGUGGAGUUCUGCCAGCCAGAUCCGCUAGAGGGCGCCCUGCCGCCCGAGUGCAUGCCGUUCAGGGGCAACGAAGCCGACCACGGACACGACGACGACGCCUUCAGGGGGGUGCGCUCGCAACUUUACUCGUGUUACUGAAAAACUGGACUUUCCCUGUUAGGACCGGCAUUAGAAUGACUGAUAUUACAGUUUUAUGCUGGAUUCUAUCCCAUCUGACAUGGCGACAUAAGCACUAUUUGGAGUCGAACGGUCGGCGUUGUGCAGUUGGCGCUCGGGUCAAGUCAGUCAGUCACCAGCUGCGGGCGGCUUGUGAUGCCGAGCAUGGCAAAAAACAACAACAAAAAAAAAACGCAUUAGUGAUGUGCCGUAAUUGGUUGCGUCACAAACUUUUUUUUUCCCCACAAAUUGCUUGACUUUGUGUAGGGAUUUAAAAAAAAAAAAAAAAAAGUUCAGUCUGUCUUAAGUCUCACCCUCCCAUAAAGCUCCUGUUAAAAAAAAAAAGUUGGGUAAGUCAGUGUAUUCCAGUUACUGUAUCGCUUAUCCUCACAAGGGGCGCAGAAGAAAGAAGUGGGAUAUUUCCUGAGUUGAGAUCACUGAUCUAAAAAAAAAAAAUAGACUGGAUAGAAGCGUAUUACUGUCACACCCCCCCCAAAAAAAGGUCAAGUUUCACAUAAUUAUGUGAUAAAUUGCACAUAAUUAUGUGAAAUGCAACCUUUUUUUUUUUUUUUUUGGGGGUGUGGCAGAAAUAUGCUUCCGUACAUACACAUCGAGCGGUUUGUCGAUUGGUUGAAGCCAGUUGGCCGCCAUCUUGGUACUCCCAAAGCGUGUGGAGGACACGGUUGACAGGUUGGAUUAUGGCGGGGGUUUUCCUCAAAAUUUUACAGAAUUAAGACUGGUCGUGUGAGGUUGACAUUUUUUUCACUUCUGGUGAAAUGAAGGAUUUUUUAAUUUGAUGUUUUAAGCCAAAAAAAAGGUGAAGUGCAAAGGAAAGACACCGUGACUAGCAAGAAAGCUUGCAUAUUACCUAGUGCCCGAUUUAUGUGACGCGUUAACUUUUCCCAAAAUACACCGUGAAGCACUAUCAUCAUAACAUAGCAAAAAAACUAAGCAAUUUUUGUCAUGAUAACGUUAAUUUUUAAGUCAACCAGUUUUCUAUAUUUUUGGAAAUAAUCACUCCCAAUGGGAAAAUAGAUGCUAGCCGCAUCGUUCAUUUGUUGUCUCUGCGGCGUCACAUUUCAGAGACAAAAUUUCAACUUGUUUCCUCGCAUUUGAAAGUCAAAUUCAAUUUGCAAAGUUCUGUAUGAUGAAAUUCAUCAAAAAUUUCACAGAAAAUGUGUUUUUUUUUUUUUUUUUUGCUUAUCCACUGAUGAAGUUUGGGAAAAUAUUGACAUGGCUUUUUCGUGAAAAACCGUCGGCCUAUAAAGGUGAAGCAGAAAGUGAACAACAACAACCGGGAACAAAACUUUGUCCAAGUGAAUGAAACUUAUCUGAAAAAGAAAAAAAAAAAACUUUAAAAGUGUCAAAAUAAAUCUUUCUAACUUACCUGUGGAAUAUUUUCUCACAGCCACGAAACUGGCGAUUAGCGCUGCACAGGUCGCCAUGGUUGUUUUGGGAGGAUCAAGAUGGCGGAUGGCGACUUCAGUUUUGGUGGCCAAUUUUUUUUUUUUUCAUUUUUUUUUUUUAAGAUCAGUGUUUGAGAUGAACAACAAUUCACACCCGUAAUUGCACCUACGGCCAAUUUGGACUUUUUAAUUGACCUGUCGUGAAUGUUUUUGGAAACCGGAGAAAACCCACAAAAGGGACGGGGGGGGGGGGGGGGGCUUGCAAACUCCACACAGACGAGGCCGGGAUUUGAACCCCCGGUCUGAGGCUGAUGUGCUCACCGGAAGUUCACCGUGUCAAUGUGUUAUGUUAAACGUAAAAAGUAGAAAGAUUUAAAUAUUUACCCAAGUAUUUCCAAGUAGUGAAAGAAGUCAUUUUGGGUGAUUCUGGUAUCAAAUAUGAAUAUCGCUUGUGUUGCCUUAAAGCGAUAGUAGCGUACUACGAACCAAAGCUGUAUUCAUAUUUAUUCUCAUAAAGGGGAUGGACAGUCGUGUGUUUUCGAAAGAUGUAACUCUUCACACAAACACGCACGCUGUUCCCGGGCCUUUGUUGUGAUACUUUUCUGUUGCCUCAAAUCUUCACAGAGGAUUACUUCUGUAAUACCGGAUUACAUUUUUUUUUUUUUCAUCUUUGCGCCAUUUUUUUACCCGUAUGUCUUUUACGGGCUGUUUGUUUCCCGUCGCAAAGCCGUGACGCGAUCGCGCAAGUCAAAACGCGGCAGAAACUUGACAUUUCGUUCUGACUUUGCCAAAUGUGCCGCCGUCGCGUGCGGAACGGUGCCGUAAUGCUGCAUCUGCUUUCCUCGCAAUUUUUUGAUAUUUUGUGCAUGUUUGUUGCCGUUAAAUGUAUUGCGUAGCAGAAUAGAGCACUAAAGUCAAAUUCAAAUCAAGCCUGUGUAUUUUUU